AGAAGAGCAGUUGGCUAACAGAAGUACACUGGGUUAUGUGGAUGACUUUAAGGAGGACCGGAGUAUGGACAUGCUUCUGACAGUCUUCACCUAAAUUCACAGAAACACUGACCAUUGAAGAGGAAGGAAUGCCACCUUUAGUUGGAGCUGAGUUGGUCCAGACACCUGUGCAGCUCUAUCGCUAUCUUCUCAGAUGCUGCAGACUGUUACCAACGACAGCAAUGCAGCAGCACUAUCGACACACUAUAAGACAGGGAUACAACAGUCACUCAGAUGAAGAUGACCCUGAGAGGAUACAGAUGAUAAUUCAAAGAGCGAUUGCCGAUGCCGACUGGAUCCUUAACAAAUAUAUCCAGAAGAAGUGAUGGGGGAAGUCUACAGGUGGGGGAUUUCUCAGACCCAUACCUGACAUAAGAUGUGUUUGUAGAGGCACUGAUUCCAGACGUAUUACUGCUGGUUUUAUGUACAGGUUAAGUGAUGUAAAUACUGAAGAAAGGACAGCAGUUUGUAGCUAUUUAAAACACUCUUCUGUCUAAUGUUAAAACCUGCAUAUACUUGGUUAGAGUGAAAUUGUAUGUUGUCAGAUAUGCUCUCUAUUCUUUUUUAUUAAAUGGAUUCUCUGUAAAUGCCA